CACCCUAAGGGAGGUGUUUGUGUCACUCAAGACUCAGCGGCCAAUCAGGGCCUCCAGGUGGCCUGCCGGCACACAGAGAAGGCGGGUUCUGCCGGGUGCUAAGUUGGCUGGUUCAGCUGGAAAGCUGAGCUGUGUUGACUGGUUUGGUGUGCAGUGCUUUGAGCACUGCUGCUGGGCGCUGUGAAGGAAGCUCAGGCAAGCUCCAAAGUUGCGGCAUGGCGAACUCAGGGUCGCUGCCCAAAAUGGGGAAGAGCAGGAAGGAUGCAGUGACCUACGAUGAUGUGCAUGUGGACUUCACUCAGGAAGAGUGGGCUUUGCUGGAUCCUUCCCAGAAGAGACUCUACAAAGAUGUGAUGCUGGAGACCUAUAGGAACCUCACUGAUAUAGGUAAGACAGUGAUUUCUUCUUUCUUUCUAAAAUGUAAGGGCAACUGUUUCUUUGAUACAGUUAUUUGUUGUAAGUUCAAUUGAGAAUGAGGUAAA